AAUUCAAACCGGCCCAUUGCGGUCAAGUUCCUUACAGUUCGCCUUCGAGAAAUCAAGCAACUCCAUUCCCAUCUUCUCUCAACCAAAGGCGCUAGAAGAUUUUGCUAACCCUAACGCUUAGAUCAGAAGGCAAAGAAACAUCGACAAUGAAUUCAGCAGCUCCAAGAAGCGGAGGCCUUUUCGAAGGUCUGUACAGAGUGAUUAUGCGCCGUAAUUCUGUUUACGUUACCUUCAUCAUCGCCGGUGCUUUCGUCGGGGAACGGGCUGUGGAUUAUGGAGUUCACAAGCUCUGGGAGUACAACAAUGUCGGGAAACGGUACGAGGACAUUUCAGUUUUGGGGCAAAGACCAACGGAAGAAUGAAUUUAUUAGCCGCUUGAAAGCUACACAUUCAUGGAUUGAAGAGGUAAAAACUGGUGGCUUAGGAUGAUAAAUGAGAAUGUAUUUCCAAUGGGAAAAACGUUGUCUUUUUGACAUGGAACAUUUGUGUUUCUUCAUGAGAUUCUAAUCAUAUUUUAUUUGCUUGAGUUUGGAGUU